AUGUCGCGGUUGAACGAAGACCAGAAAAGAAUCUUUGAUAGAGUAUGUCAAGUUUUACAAAAUAAAAAUCAGAUUCUGCGACUGUACGUAAGUGGCGAGGGUGGUACAGGGAAAAGUUUUCUUAUUGAAACGAUUAAACAUUGGAUCAGAAUACAUUUGAAAAAAGCGACUGCCAUAUUUGCUCCCACGGGUAUCGCGGCAUUCAAUAUCGAAGGCUUGACGAUUCAUAGAAUGUUUCAGCUACCCGUCACACAUGAAUUUACGGCAAAGUAUACGCACUUGUCAGACAUGAUUUUGAAAACUUUGAGAGACAAAUUAAAGACUGUCGAAUUAUUUAUAAUCGAUGAGAUAUCCAUGAUUUCGAAUGUGACAUUUAUGUUUAUCAAUCUACGAUUAUGUGAAAUCUUUGAUACGACAGAUACAGAUGAUGGUUUCUUUGGCAGAAAACAUAUUCUUCUAUUUGGAGAUUUGUUGCAGCUUCUCCCUGUAAAAGAACAAUCUCCGUUCGUUAAAAUGUCUCGAUCAGAGAUUCAGAAGUAUUUGGGUAUCAUGGGUGGAUCUGAUUUGUGGAGAUUGUUCGAUUACGACGAACUCUUGAUUAAUAUGCGACAAAGAGGCGACAACACAUAUCGCGAUAUACUUUCUAGAAUACGAAUAGGUUUGGUAACGGAUUCGGACAUCAAUGUUCUUCAGUUGAGAAAAAUCCAUUUCAAAGGAAGUAGUUGCGAUGAAAGAUUGAAUGAACUCUGCACUUAUAUGACUCAAUUACCGAUUGAUACAAUAUGUUUAUUACCCACGUAUUAUCUGUGCAAGGUUUUGAACGAGAUGCUCGAUAGAAUUGACGGUGAUGAAAUUGUACUGAUGCAAAAGACACCAUGUCUGCAAAAGACACCAUGUCUCCAAAAGACAUCAUGUCUGCAAAAGACACCAUGUCUCCAAAAGACAUCAUGUCUGCAAAAGACACCAUGUCUUCAAAAGACAUCAUGUCUGCAAAAGACACCAUGUCUGCAAAAGACACCAUGUCUACAAAAGACACCAUGUCUUCAAAAGACACCAUGUCUGCAAAAGGCUGCGGUUCACUUGACGCUACAAACGCUUUGA